GCCAGAAGACCUCAAAAAACCAUUCGGGCAAAUUGGUCCUGUCAAGGACAUUUACUUGCCGAGGGACUAUUAUACUCGUGAUACUAAAGAGUUUUGGAGACUUCAAUCAAGUAGUAAGAGUUCUGUUGACAAUUUCGAGUAGUAAGAGAUGUAGCGGUGAUGCUAAAGAGUUUUGGCGACUUCAAUCAAGUAAUAAGAGUUCUGUUGACACUUUCAAGUAGUGAGAGAGAACUUGACAAUCAAUCAAGUAGUAAGAGUUCAAGGUGAUGUUAAUGGUAGUGAAGAUUGGAAGGAAUAUGGAUAUCAAUAGAAUGUGAAGAUUUCAAGUUUUCACGUCUUGAAGAAUUUCAAGUCAUCUUUAAACUGAUACACGCAAGGUCAGCAGCCAUGUGCUUGCUUCUGUGCUUAUCAAGGCGUUCCAAUUUAUGGGGAUUAUUUUAGUUUUGUUGUUUUCGGGCUGUUUGGAAAUAUUGGAAGUCUUUAGUGAACCACGUGGUUUUGGAUUUAUCCAAUAUCUGGAUCCUGCUGAUGCAGCAGAAGCUAAGUAUCAGAUGGAUGGUCAGGUUUUCCAAGGUCGGCAACUGACGGUAGUUUUUGCUGAGGAGAACAGGAAAAAGCCUCAAGAAAUGAGAGCUAGGGAGCGUGGAAGUGGUAGGGGUGGCCGCAACUAUGAUAGGAGAGGUACUCCCCCUAGGUACCAUAACUCUCCUCGGUAUUCACGAUCUCCACCUCCUCGCGGCCGUGAUUACUACUCUCCACCUAAGAGAAGGCAAUACUCAAGGUCUGUUUCGCCUGAAGAGAAAAGAUACAGUCGUGAGAGAUCAUAUUCUCCUCGUGGUGGUCAGGGAAGGCCAUACUCACAAUCCCCUCCAAGGGAGCAGUCUCCACCAUUCAAUGGGUCACGAAGCCGCAGUCAAAGUCCAGUGAGGGAGCAUUCUCCACCUUAUAAUGGUUCAAGGAGUCGCAGCCGGAGUCCAGUUAGGGCACGUUCUCUGGUUAGAGAACGUUCUCCAGUUAGGGGUCACAGCAGGAGGCGGAGCCCUAGUCAAAGCCAUAGCAGGAGCCCCAAUGCUGUUCAUUAUUCCAGGAAUCCUGACCAUGACGUGUCCCCUAGACACUGAACACUCUCCUCUUGGUGACGAAUGCUGUAGUUUGAACAAAAUGAUGUGAUUUUCUGUUGUUUAAUUAGUUUUCUCAUGGAAUUCAGCAGUUGCUUGUAGUGACAAUCCAUAUGGAUUAUUUUCUCGACUUGCUUCUUUUGGUUGUUUGUACUUUAUUAGUACUGAUGGAGAUACGGAUAACAUUGAUGAUUUCUCUUCAUGUGUGAGUCAUUUGACCGAUGUUCGUUAGA